AGAGAAGAGGCUAUGUGGGACAAGCUGUUUCUUUAGAAGGAUGUCACACCUGAGCCUGUCCUGGAUGGGCCUUGGGCCGGUGGCAGUGUCCCUAUGGCAGCUCCUGCUGCUGGUCGGGUUCUCCUGGCUCUUGGCGCGCAUCCUGGCCUGGACCUAUGCCUUCUAUGACAACUGCCGUCGCCUGCAGUGUUUCCCGCAGCCCCCCAAACGGAACUGGUUCUUGGGUCACCUGGGCCUGAUUCAGAGCUCGGAGGAAGGUCUCCUAUACACACAGGGCCUGGCGAGCACCUUUAAGGACGUGUGCUGCUGGUGGGUGGGGCCCUGGCAUGCAAUCAUCCGAGUCUUCCACCCCACCUACAUCAAGCCCGUGCUCUUUGCUCCAGCUGCCAUUGCACCCAAGGAUGUGGUCUUCUACAGCUUCCUGAAGCCCUGGCUGGGGGACGGGCUCCUGCUGAGUGCUGGUGACAAGUGGAGCCGCCACCGUCGGAUGCUGACACCUGCCUUCCAUUUCAACAUCUUGAAGCCCUAUGUGCAGAUUUUCAAUGAGAGUGUGAACAUCAUGCAUGCCAAGUGGCAGCGCCUGGCCUCAAAGGGCAGUGCCCGUCUGGACAUGUUUGAACACAUCAGCCUCAUGACCUUGGACAGUCUGCAGAAAUGCGUCUUCAGCUUUGACAGCAAUUGUCAGGAAAAGCCCAGUGAAUAUAUUGCUGCCAUCUUGGAGCUCAGUGCUCUUGUGGCAAAAAGACACCAGCAGAUCCUCCUACACUUGGACUUCCUGUAUUACCUCACCCAUGAUGGGCAGUGCUUCCGCAGGGCCUGUGACCUGGUACAUGACUUCACAGAUGCCGUCAUCCAGGAGCGGCGCCACAUCCUCACUAGCCAGGGUGUUGAUGAUUUCCUAAAGGUUAAGACCAAGUCCAAGACUUUGGAUUUCAUUGAUGUACUUCUGUUGAGCAAGGAUGAAGAUGGGAAAGAAUUGUCAGAUGAGGACAUAAGAGCAGAAGCUGACACCUUCAUGUUUGAAGGCCAUGAUACCACGGCGAGUGGCCUCUCCUGGGUCCUGUACCACCUUGCGAAGCACCCAGAAUACCAGGAGCAAUGUCGGCAUGAGGUGCAAAACCUCCUGAGCAACCGCGAGACCAAAGAGAUGGAAUGGGAGGACCUGGCCCAGCUGCCCUUCCUGACCAUGUGCAUCAAGGAGAGUCUGCGGUUGCAUCCCCCAGUCCCGGUCAUCUCCCGCUGCUGUACCCAGGACAUUGAGCUCCCUGAUGGCCGCGUCAUCCCUAAAGGUAUUAUCUGCCUUAUCAGCAUUUUCGGGACCCAUCACAACCCAGCAGUGUGGCCGGACCCUGAGGUCUAUGACCCCUUCCGCUUUGACCCAGAAAACAUCAAGGAGAGGUCGCCUCUGGCUUUUAUUCCCUUCUCGGCAGGGCCCAGGAAUUGCAUCGGGCAGACGUUCGCCAUGACUGAGAUGAAGGUGGUCCUGGCGCUCACGCUGCUGCGUUUCCGCAUCCUGCCAGAUGACAAGGAGCCCCGCAGGAAACCCGAGCUGGUCCUGCGUGCAGAGGGCGGGCUUUGGCUGCGAGUGGAGCCGGUGAGGGCAGGCCCCCAGUGA